AUGCAAACAAAUGAAUUUUUGGUUGAAGUCAAUCAUAAUGAACAUCAUGAGGAUGGUCAAGACAAGGAAGGAAUACUCGGAAUUGAUUUAACAAAUUCCCACUUCACAUCGGAACUCAAUGAAGAGGAUCACAAUAUUUUAGAACAACAACAAGAUUCUAAAAAGAGAAAGCUAUCCAACCAUGAUGAUGAUAUUAUUCCUGCAACACCAUUAUCAAAUCACAUCAAAACCGAUGAAACUCAUCAUCAUUCCAAUGAACAGCCUCUUGAUCAAAAAGAAGAACAUUCCGAAGAUGAUGAAUAUCACAAGCGAAAACAGAAAAUUCUUCCUCCGUGCCAAAUUUGCUCCUCUUCCGAAUCCAAAUAUACAUGCCCAUGUUGUUCCAUCAAGUAUUGCUCCAUGGAGUGUUUUAAAAACCAUAAAACCACUUCGUCAUGCACUGGCAAGAGAGAUACCACUAAAUAUAUUGAUUUAAAAGAAUUCAAUGGUCAACAUUUAAGAAGUGAUUACAACUUUUUAGAGAAUUUACAAUCACAAACCAUUCAUUGGUCCCGACAACGAGAUUUAGAAAAGAUUGAUUCCCACACGUAUCAGUAUCAUCAUCCAAAAGUUAGAGAAUUACAAUAUAGAGCCACUCAGAAAGGCAUUCGGAUGGAACUCAUGCCUCAAGGAAUGUCCAAACGAGAACAAAAUUCUUCCUACUACAACAAAAAGCUCGACAAGAUCUUUUGGAGAUUGGAAUUUAUAUUCAUGAAUGAAUUGGAUCAUCAAACAGGAGAGCCGUGUCAUUGGGUGGAGGCUCAUGUUUCCGAAGAUUUGAAAAUUUGUGAUUUGAUGAGUCGAUACUUUGAUAAGAAUGUGAAUGGAAGUGCCAAAACAAGAGAUCACUUGCAAAAGUAUACAAGUUACUUUGAGAAAUUUAAGCAAUCUUUAUCAUCAACAACCUCUCAAGAGUCAACAACAGUCGAAUCGGCAACCAGUGAAUUAGAAAAUUUCAAGGAGGAGAAAGAAGAACAUCAUGAUGAAACUCUCAACCAUGUUGGGGAUCAUUCUGAACAGAGUAGUAACCUUUAUCAUCUAGAGAAAGAUCAUGCUUUACAGAACCAACACCGUGAAGAUAAUGGUGUCAGCAUUUCCUCUCCUUUGAGAGAUGCCUUCUUUUACUUUAUUAAGGUAGAGGGACGAUCUUCGAGCGAGACCUUAUACUAUGCUCUGGAUUCCACACUUUGUCUACGAGAGUGUCUCAAAAAUUUGGUGAUAUUGGAGUAUCCUGUGAUUGAAGUAGUAUUACCUGGAUAUGAAAGCAAGUACACAGUCAUCACGAGAGAACAAAUGAAUGAUAUGAAUGCACAACGAGAUGAACGAUUGAAGGAGAAGAAGGAAAAGAGACAAGCAUUUCUCGAAAAGAAGACGAAAUAUGAAGAGAGACAAGCGGAAAAGUUGGAAUCUUUCAGAGGACAAGGUAACAAACGAGGUGGUGGAAAUCAAGGAAGAGGACGAGGAGGACAUUCUGGUGAAAAACGAAGUCACGCAGAGAUCUCACACUCGAGAAGUGACAACCAUUCACAUAUUCGUACGAAUAAUAACAAUUAUCGAUCAAGCAACAGAACAGAUGGAAGACGUGGUGGAUCGAGAGGAGGCAAGUCUAAGAAUUACCAUCAACCUCGUUCUGGCAAUGGAAAUCAUCAACAGUCACAAGAUUCAAAGACAACACAGAGUUCUGGAGUGGCCGAAAAUAAUAACAAUCAUUAG